AUGUCUCAUGAAACCUUAAUGGACACCCGGACAGCUACUGCUGAGUUGGGCUGGACUGCAAAUCCUGCAUCAGGGUGGGAAGAGGUCAGUGGCUAUGACGAAAACCUGAACACCAUCCGUACCUACCAGGUAUGCAACGUCUUUGAGCCCAACCAGAACAACUGGCUGCUUACCACUUUCAUCAAUCGGCGAGGGGCCCACCGUAUCUACACAGAGAUGCGCUUCACUGUGAGGGAUUGCAGCAGUCUCCCAAAUGUUCCUGGUUCUUGCAAAGAGACCUUUAACCUCUACUACUAUGAGACAGACUCUGUCAUUGCCACCAAGAAGUCUGCCUUCUGGACAGAGGCUCCCUACCUCAAAGUGGACACUAUUGCUGCUGACGAGAGCUUCUCCCAGGUAGACUUUGGGGGAAGGUUGAUGAAGGUUAACACAGAAGUGAGAAGCUUUGGGCCCCUCACUCGGAAUGGCUUUUACCUCGCUUUUCAGGAUUAUGGGGCUUGCAUGUCUCUCCUCUCUGUUAGAGUGUUUUUCAAGAAGUGCCCCAGCAUCGUACAGAAUUUUGCUAUUUUCCCAGAGACUAUGACUGGGGCUGAAAGCACAUCUCUGGUGAUUGCCCGGGGAACAUGCAUCCCCAAUGCAGAGGAGGUGGAUGUCCCUAUUAAACUGUAUUGCAACGGGGAUGGAGAGUGGAUGGUACCAAUUGGGCGCUGCACCUGUAAAGCUGGCUAUGAACCUGAAAACAAUGUAGUCUGCAAGGCCUGCCCAGCAGGAAUGUUCAAGGCGAAUCAGGAAGUGGGGGUCUGUUCUCAGUGCCCGUCGAAUAGCCGUUCUCCUUCGGAGGCCUCUCCCAUCUGCACCUGCCGCACAGGCUAUUACCGGGCAGACUUUGAUCCACCGGAGGUGGCAUGUACCAGUGUUCCUUCAGGUCCCCGAAAUGUCAUCUCCAUCGUCAAUGAGACAUCCAUCAUUCUGGAAUGGCACCCACCACGAGAAACGGGAGGGCGUGAUGAUGUGACGUACAACAUUGUCUGUAAAAAAUGCCGGGCAGAUCGCCGGAGUUGUUCCCGUUGUGAUGACAAUGUGGAGUUUGUGCCCAGGCAGCUGGGUCUGACUGAGAGCCGAGUUUUCAUCAGCAGCCUUUGGGCCCAUACUCCCUAUACCUUUGAUAUCCAGGCCAUCAAUGGAGUGUCUGGCAAGAGCCCUUUCCCCCCACAACAUGUCUCAGUCAACAUCACAACAAAUCAAGCUGCUCCCUCCACAGUUCCCAUCAUGCACCAGGUAAGUGCCACCAUGAGGAGCAUCACCUUGUCAUGGCCACAGCCGGAGCAGCCCAAUGGCAUUAUCCUGGACUAUGAGAUCCGUUAUUAUGAGAAGGUGAGCCGGAUCUGCACUCCUGACAUUAGCAGCACUGUGGGCUCAAGACCAGCCACCGAACAGAAUGAGUACAACUCUUCAAUGGCAAAAAGUCAGACCAACACGGCUCGGAUUGACGGGCUUCGACCUGGCAUGGUUUAUGUGGUUCAAGUGAGAGCUCGAACAGUCGCUGGUUAUGGCAAAUACAGUGGGAAAAUGUGCUUCCAGACACUGACAGAUGAUGAUUAUAAGUCAGAACUGAGGGAACAGCUGCCACUGAUCGCUGGUUCUGCAGCCGCCGGUGUGGUGUUCAUCGUAUCAUUGGUGGCCAUUUCCAUUGUCUGUAGCAGGAAACGUGCUUAUAGCAAAGAGGCCGUGUACAGUGAUAAGCUGCAGCAUUACAGCACGGGGCGAGGCUCCCCAGGAAUGAAGAUCUACAUUGAUCCCUUCACUUAUGAAGAUCCCAAUGAAGCUGUCCGGGAAUUUGCCAAGGAGAUUGAUGUGUCUUUUGUGAAAAUUGAAGAGGUCAUUGGAGCAGGAGAAUUUGGAGAAGUGUACAAAGGACGUCUAAAAUUGCCAGGCAAGAGGGAGAUCUAUGUGGCCAUAAAGACACUGAAAGCAGGAUACUCAGAAAAACAACGCCGGGACUUCCUGAGUGAGGCCAGCAUCAUGGGUCAGUUUGACCAUCCAAAUAUAAUCCGGCUGGAAGGAGUGGUGACCAAGAGCCGUCCUGUCAUGAUCAUCACAGAAUUUAUGGAAAAUGGAGCUUUGGACUCCUUCCUCAGGCAAAAUGAUGGGCAGUUCACAGUGAUCCAACUGGUGGGGAUGCUCAGAGGUAUCGCUGCUGGUAUGAAGUAUCUAUCAGAGAUGAAUUAUGUACACCGGGACCUGGCUGCUAGAAAUAUUCUUGUCAAUAGUAAUCUAGUGUGCAAAGUAUCUGACUUUGGUCUAUCCCGCUACCUACAAGAUGACACCUCGGACCCCACCUACACCAGCUCUUUGGGUGGAAAGAUCCCAGUGAGAUGGACAGCCCCAGAGGCCAUUGCCUACCGCAAGUUCACCUCUGCCAGUGAUGUCUGGAGCUAUGGUAUCGUCAUGUGGGAAGUCAUGUCAUUUGGAGAGAGGCCCUACUGGGAUAUGUCCAACCAAGAUGUCAUCAAUGCCAUUGAACAGGACUACCGACUUCCCCCACCCAUGGACUGCCCUGCUGCUCUGCACCAGCUUAUGUUAGAUUGUUGGCAGAAGGACCGCAAUACCCGACCACGCUUUACAGAGAUUGUCAACACUCUGGAUAAAAUGAUCCGGAACCCAGCAAGUCUCAAAACUGUGGCAACCAUCACCGCUGUGCCUUCUCAGCCCCUGUUAGAUCGUUCCAUCCCCGAUUUCACUGCCUUUACCUCAGUGGAUGAUUGGCUCAAUGCUAUUAAAAUGGUCCAAUACAGGGACAGUUUCCUAACUGCUGGGUUCACCUCUCUUCAGCUGGUUACUCAGAUGACAUCAGAAGACCUUCUGAGAAUAGGAGUGACUUUGGCGGGACAUCAGAAGAAGAUCUUGAACAGUGUUCAUUCCAUGAGGGUACAGAUGAGUCAAUCUCCAACCUCAAUGACCCCUGUCCCUUCUCCCACAUCCAUUUCCCUUUGCUCAUGACCUGUGUGGGGAAGGUUCUUCAAACAAAUUGUCCAGCGCCUGAAUCUCAAGAUGUCUUUCUGUCAGUUACCAAAGGACUUUGCUGACCACUGCAUGGGGGAUCCAAACCAAGUCAAUUAAUGUCUUCAUAUUGAAGAAGAGAUGUACCUUCAAUUGAAAACCUUGUUUUUCUUUUGUUUGCAUUUUUUGCAAAAAGGAAAAAGAAACCACAAAUUGGAAAAAAAAAAAAAAGAAAAUCUGUUUCCGUGCGUGUGAGCACGAGUGUGUGUGUGUGUCUGCAUUGUAAAAUGACUGUGGAUUCAUUGCUUGUUCGUAACAGACACAAACAAGGGACAAGAACUGUGACAGCAUCGGCAUUGUCACUCCCCAGGAAGUCGGAAAGGAUCAUAGGUGGUUGACUUGGCUUUCUAAGUUUGGCCCAACUGGACCACUGGUUUCAUUGGGAUUGGGGAUGGGGAGAAAAAAAGAAAGGAAACCAAACUCACAGUAGCUUGCAAGCUCAGAGACAGGAAGCAGAGGAGAGCUUUGAAAUGGAUCUUAUUUGGGCCAUGCUAGAAUAGUAUUGACUGUUGGAUUACUGGCAACUGGAAAGGACGAGAAAAAAAAAAAGAGUAUGUUGAGAAUGUUCUCCAACAUUCCAGUAACAUAUAGGUAGGUGGCAAAGAAGGAGUCUUCUUUUCUAACAUGUGGACCUAAGGGUUUUGGUCUUAAAUACUGGCUUAGGUUGUAUGGCUUCAGAGGUAUGUUCAUAUGUUUCUGUGUUUCUCUUUACACUAUUCUCUAUUGUACCUCAUUGCUCAAUUCACUUUUGUAAAUUCCACUUAACAUUUAAAUAUUUUUAAUUUUGCCUUUUACCUUAAUCUCCUUGCUAAUUUUAUCUGUCUAAUUAAAAUGAGCAGAAGCAUGUCUGGGUUUACAUAGAA